AGGAAGAGGAGGAGGAGAAAUACACCAGGAAGAGGAGGAGCAGCACUAGGAAGAGGAAGAUGAGGACAAGGAGUAGAAGAAGGAGGGGGAAUAAAUUCCUGCUUAGUGGUGGAAGACAGAAAGGUUGGCUAUUGGAGGACAGACAAAUGGGAUACUGAAACACAAAUCUUGCAGAUCUAAAAAGGGUCAUCUCCUAGAGUACAAUGAUGGGCCAGAAAACUUGCUACUCCAGUGCCUUCAGUGCACUCUAAUCCUAAUGGAGGUGCUCAUGUCACUCAAGAUUCACUGGCCAUUCAGGGCGUUUUUAACGACCCUCCAAUCAGGAGAAAAGGAGUGUUCUUCCGGGUUCUUUUGUUCCUGCUGCAAGUUCCACUCUAUUACUGAGCAGGCUUGAAUGGUUGGUGGGACAUGCUUUGAACUCUGCUGCUGAGUGCCUUACCGGAGUGCCAACCCUGAACUACCAAGUCCAAUCAUGACAGUGACUUAUGAGGAUGUGCAUGUGAACUUCACUCAGGAAGAGUGGGCUUUGCUGGAUCCCUUCCAGAAGAAGCUCUACAAAGAUGUCAUGCUGGAGACCUACAGGAACCUCAAUGCUAUAGGCUUUAAUUGGGAAGACCAAAAUAUUGAGGAACAUUGUCAAAGUUCUAGAAGACAGAGGAGGCAUGAAAGAAGUCAGAGUGCAGAGAUUCCCUCCGAAUAUACUCACUGUGGAAAACCCUUUGCUUUACAUGCUCACAGUCAUCCUCAAAGGAAUGAAAGGAUUCAUUCAGAAAAGAAGCCCUCUGAAGUUAUUCAGUGUGUUGAAGCCUUUGCUCCUUACACAAGUCUCCAAAUACAUAAAAGAACACAAGCUAGACAAAAACCUUAUGAAUGUAGUCAAUGUGGUAAAGUUUUUGCAAAUCACAGUAAACUUAAAAAGCAUGAAAGACUUCAUACUGAAAAGAAACCCUACAAAUGUAAUGAAUGUGAUAAAGCUUUUUCACAACCCAUUAGACUCCAGAAGCAUCAAAGAGUUCACACUGGAGAGAAACCCUACAAAUGCAAUGAAUGUGAUAAAGCCUUUUCACGACCAAGUAGACUCCAGAUGCAUAAUAGAGUUCAUACUGGAGAGAAACCCUACAAAUGUAAUGAAUGUGAUAAAGCCUUUUCAAUACACAGUAGCCUCCAGAGGCAUAAAAGAGUUCACACUGGAGAGAAACCCUACAAAUGUAAUGAAUGUGAUAAAGCCUUUUCACUACACAGUAGACUCAAGAGGCAUAAUAGAGUUCAUACUGGAGAGAAACCCUACAAAUGUAAGGAAUGUGAUAAAGCCUUUUCACAACACCAUAGCCUCCAACAUAAAAGAGUUCACACUGGAGAGAAACCCUACAAAUGUAAUGAAUGUGAUAAAGCCUUUUCAGUACACAGUAGCCUCCAGAAGCAUAAAAGAGUUCACACUGGAGAGAAACCCUACAAAUGUAAUGAAUGUGAUAAAGCCUUUUCAGACCACAGUACCCUACGGAAGCAUAAAAGAAUUCAUACAGGAGAGAAACCCUACAAGUGGAAUGAAUGUGAUAAAACCUUUUUAUACCACACUAGCCUCCAGAUACAUAAAAGAGUUCAUACUGGAGAGAAACCCUACAAAUGUCAUGAAUGUGAUAAAGCCUUUUCACGACCCAGUAGCCUCCAGAAGCAUAAAAGAGUUCACACUGGAGAGAAACCCUACAAAUGUAAUGAAUGUGAUAAAGCCUUUUCACACACAGUAGCCUCCAGAAGCAUAAAAGAGUUCACACUGGAGAGAAACCCUACAAAUGUAAUGAAUGUGAUAAAGCCUUUUCAGUACACAGUAGCCUCCAGAUGCAUAAAAGAGUUCACACUGGAGAGAAACCCUACAAAUGUAAUGAAUGUGAUAAAGCCUUUUCAGACACAGUAACCUCCAGAAGCAUAAAAGAGUUCACACUGGAGAGAAACCCUACAAAUGUAAUGAAUGUGAUAAAGCCUUUUCACGACCCAGUAGACUCCAGAAGCAUAAAAGAGUUCACACUGGA